AUGAAUGGUGGUGAUGGUGCUGUUACAAGGAUAUCUGGACUGCUCGAUAUCGCUGGUCGUGGUCCUUCGAUUUGGGACGAGUACACCAAGAAAGCAGGAAAGAUUCGAGACAAUUCUACCGCCGAUAUCGCAGCAGACAGUUAUCAUAAAAUUCAAGAAGACAUCACUUUACUGAAAACACUUGGUGUGUCCGAUUAUCGGUUUUCUCUCUCCUGGUCUAGAAUUUUUCCAAAGGGGACCGGCAAACCUAACCCUAAGGGAGUGGAGCAUUACCACAAAGUCGUCGAUGCCCUUCUUGAAAAUGGCAUUGAGCCAAUGAUUACCCUCUAUCACUGGGAUCUGCCUUUAGCUCUGCAAGAUCUCGGUGGGUGGCUGAACAGGGAUAUCAUCAGAUGGUUUCGUUUCUAUGCUGUAUUCUGCUUCAGAGAAUAUGGUGACAAGGUGAAAACAUGGAUAACCAUAAAUGAGCCCUAUGUUCAAGUAAGUUUCGGAUACUGCGGCAUUUUUGAAGAACAUGCGCCUGGAGGUUUUCAGGAGCAUUGCGCAUGGUCACAGUAUUUAGCUGGACAUCAUAUGAUUCUUGCACAUGCGCACGCCUAUCGGGCUUAUCACAGCCUUUUCCGAGGGCAUUCAGAUGGGAAAGUUGGCAUUACGAAUGUACACACAUGGUUAGAACCAGCAAGUGAAGCCGAGACGGAAUUUGCUGAGCAAGCUCGCGAUUGGACUAUGCGAUGGUUCAUUCAUCCCUUUUAUGAAGGAGACUAUCCACCAGCCAUGCGAGCUGCAGUAAAUCAAAAGUCAGUAGAAGAAGGUAGAACCACCACUCGCCUUCCUUACUUCAGCGGUCUCGAGAGAGAGUUAUUGAUGGGUUCAUUUGACUUUCUUGGAAUAAACUACUAUUACUCCAACAUUGUUCGAAGAUUUGCGCCAGAAGAACAACAAGAUGUUCAAAAAAGGAUUGACUACGACGUUGAUGGCAUAUUCUGGCUGAGCAACGAGGACAUGCCAGUUGGUGACAAGAAUUCCUGGAUAAGCAACCAUCCAUCUGGUCUUCGCGCUGUGUUGAAUGAACUUCGCGAGCGUUACGGUAACCCUGAGGUAUUCAUAACGGAAAACGGUUGCAUGGACACUCCUGGUGAGGGGCUCCACGAUGUGACACGUAUGAGGUAUCUAAGAGAUCACAUCGCUGCUGUUUCGCAAGCGCUUGAGGAUGGCUGCGAUGUUGUCGGUUAUGCAGUGUGGAGUCUAAUGGACAACUUUGAGUGGUCAGAUGGCUAUUCCCAAUUAUUUGGAUUGCACAGGGUUGAUGUCUCAUCGCCAUCUCGUCAGCGAACGCCAAAAGCCUCUGCUGAAUUCUAUGCGGAGAUAAUACGCAAGAACUCUGUGACAUUGAUUGAAGACUGUACGUGGAACUGACGUGCGCACAAGCAGAAGCUCUUCGUCC